GGCUGCCCGUCAGUAGCAACGGCACCCAUGGCGCUUUCUCAUUGGCCAGGUCUCGACUCCCGUAUGUAAAUAGCGCCUCCCUCCCUCCCUCCCACCCACAAUCGACUGCCUGAGGGGAGUCCGGAGUCUCGAGUUCCCCGUCUCGGCAGCUCCUUCUCUCGCUCUCCGCGAAAAUAAAUAGUGACUGAUAGAUCGAGUAACGAAGGGCAAUCCUACUACGCACCCAGUCCCACCCGAUGCAUCCCGCAUCUUCUUCACUCCAGCGGCUGUGGCCCACCGUAGUCCUCGGAGAGUCAAACUAUAAUCUUUUGGGUUGCUGGGGGCAGCAUCGACAACAAUUCAGUUGUGUGCAAUCCUACAUCGUGGAAAGGAUCCUGUCGCGUCACACCCAACCUGGUUUUCAGCAUAUGCAAGCACUACAUUUUUCAGUAUGUACAACGUCGGCGUUUUGCUGCUCUUCUAGCUGAACCCUACCGGGAAAAUGCAAACUAAUUAAGUAGUCUAACCUAAUCCAUGCCAUUCAGGCAAACUUUAGUAAUUUAGAAGGCAGGUAGAGGGCAGAAAUGCAACAGACUUUAGUAGCGAACAAACGUAUCGAUAAUUGUUGAAAGCAAUUCACGUAGAUCCACGUCGUAGUUUGAUCUGUGCAAUCUUUCUAAACAACGCCAGUAAAGUUUUUCAACAUAAGGAGCACCAAGAGUUUCCGACGUUUCCCACUCAGAAUGUAAAAGAAACUAACUUUCACAAUUAUUCAGCAAACACUUGAAACUUAACGUUGCGUUGUAUAGAUUGUUAAGCAAGGUAUUGUUUUCGAUAGUCCAAUUUGAUAGUUGCUUCCUGUACUCCACAAAUUCUUGGCUGUCAAUUAAAGCAACCUUGAGAGUUGUUUAUUUUGAUCAACCUAGGCAAAAGGAGGAUAUGUAGCAUUUCCCUCCACACGCGCAUACAGAUUGUUCCGGGACUCAAACUGUCCAAUUGGAAUGUUUAAUUAACGUUUGUUUUAAGUGUGCUGUUUAAAGCAGACUUUAAUAGCAGAGGCUUUCUGCUAUUGCAUCGCCAUAUACAGGUAGAGGUCCGCUUGUGGUGACAUUUCGCAGAGAUCUUCUUCUCAACCAGAGCUCAAAAAACCGGAUUACAUGAUGUUUGUGUGUGUGUUUUUCCGAGAACUUCCAUAAUGUUACGAAACCCCGAUCCUGCCCUGGCCAAAAUUCUUUAGGAGGGAGACCACUUCAAUCGCUCAGCGUCUCUCUAUACGAAUGUUUACGAGCAGCUUCUCAAACACCGAGGUCAGCCUCAGCGAGUGGCUCAUUUUGCCUGGAAAACGAUGGCUCUCUGCGACUAAGCUGGAGAUGGUGGUGCUGAGAAAGGCACCGCGGUGACCUAGGAGACGGAAGAAAGAUGUGCUGCUGUAACACAACAGCAUGUACGUGAUGGCGCUGGACAAGGUGCCGUGGAGCUGGAUGAGGGCUGGAGAUGCUGAGGACCAGCGAGAAAGCUGGCUUUUGAAGACCGUGCUCUGCUCCCCCUAACUAACUCUCUACAUAUGGGGAGCCAAAAAUCGCGGCCCCCACCCUUCCAGUGAAGGCGCCGAGUCGGUGUGCGUGUCGAACCCGGCCGUCACCUCGUCCCCUUAAGCCAAAACCUCGUCCUCAGCUCACCCGUGUUUAUGCGUGUGUGCGGUUAAUUGCGUUUGCACAUCUGGUAUGUCACUUUGCAGAAAACAACAUGGGGGGCUUUCUGUUGAGUAUCGCCCAAGUCUAACAGCAAGAGCAAACAUCCCUGGAGAACUCAGACGGCUUCUGCAGUCCCUCAGUCCACACCUAGAUGACGUCACCAAGAGGACGACACUUCAUACCAUCACCCAGUGUAUCCUUCUAAAGGAAUCAGAGGCAAAUGCCUGUAGUUAUGAAGAUCUAAAGUUGGUGUCAACUUUCUUGGAUGAUGGAGAUAAAGCCAUCAAAACUGAAGCACUUAAUGCCCUCAAAGCCUUCACCAACAUCUGGAGGUUCAAAAUCAAAAUCCAGGAAUAUGUCCCCAAGAUCAUUGAGCUGGUAACCACUAACUCAGAUCACAAUCUGCAUGUGGCUGGAUUGCGGCUUCUGAAUUCCUUGAAUAUACCAGAUCAGACUCACCCGGUGCUGAGAGGAGUGCUACAAAACUUCAUGGAUAUCCUUCUCAUGUCAAACACUUUGGCCAAGGUGCAGCUUCUCAGGCUUCUCAGCACUCUAGCCCAGAAGGAAGACCUGCUUUAUGACAUAAUGAAUUGCCGGACACGGCCUGAGUUCCUGAGCCUCUUCCAACCUUCUCUUCCUGGGAACCUGCUUUUUGAGAUGUUGUUCUUUGUGGAGCGGCUUAGUGAGGGGCGCCUGACUCCACAGUAUCAGUCAAUGCACAGGCAGUACAGUGAUCAGUCCCUUCAUGAAGUCAUCUUUGGUGAGAACUCCCGCCUGUCUGAUCGCCUGCUCUCUCUCAUCAUCCAUCCAGAGGAGGAGGUGCAGAUUCAAGCCUGUAAAGUCAUCCUCAGCCUCCGGCUCAACAAGGAGGAGAGCAAAGUUGUCAGCGGCCUCCCUGUGGGUGCCAAUGUCAAAGUCCAACCCCAGGAACCAACCAGAAGCAGCCAACUCACUAACUCCACCCUCAGCAACCACCGUUUUAGGACCAGCACACUCUCCUCUGGUGCCAUUAGCAGCAAUCAAAGCCACCAUAGGAGCUGCCCCCAGGAUGAAAAUGGUCGCAGUUUUUACACCCUUCAAGGCAUUGAUGAAACUGGCUACAGCUUCUAUCCCCUGCAGGCCUCUGCCCAUCGCAGCUUCCACCCCAUUGAAACCAGCAGCAUCCAGAGCUUUCCUGUUGAUGAAUGUGGCCGUGUCAUUGAUGACCCCAUGGACUCCUUCCAUCCCAUUAAUGCUUCUUACUCUGAUGAUAGUGAUGAUGGUACUGAUUUGUAGAGGGAAAAGAGACUAAUAAAUAAGUUGGAGAAGAGAUGGCA